UUGAACGUACGCAUCAACAAUGGAACGCCUCAAAAGGAUUCACUUCCCACUCUGCAUCCUCCUCUGCUUCGCUCUAUCUCAGGCUUCCUAUGCUCCCAUCGCCACCCCGCAACGCCAGACUUACAUAGUCCACGUGCGGCUGCCGGAGGGCAUCGCGGCGGACCAGCUGCAGGAGACCUUUUACAGAUCUUUCCUCUCUGCGGUGAAUCCUGAGCUGAAAUUCAUCCACGCGUACACCAAAGUCAUACAUGGCUUCUCCGUUGGGUUGUCGGAGCUUGAGCUGGCGGCCAUGUCGGCACUUCCUGGUUUUGUGCGUGCUUACCCCGACCGCACCUAUCAGUUGCAGACCACCCACACGCCGGAAUUCUUGGGGUUGCACCUCCGACAGGGACUGUGGAAUCAAUCCAACUUAGGCCGAGGCAUUAUCGUCGGACUCUUGGACACCGGCAUCUUCCCCGACCAUCCUUCUUUCGACGGUACUGGGAUGCCGCCGCCGCCCGCUAAGUGGAAGGGACGGUGCGACUUCAACGCGUCUAGCUGCAACAACAAGCUCAUCGGAGCCAGAGCAUUUAUUGGCGAAUCGCCGAAUGAGUCCCCGGUGGACGACGUGGGACACGGCACCCACACGGCUAGCACAGCCGCCGGAGCACCGGUGCCCGGCGCUGAAGUCCUAGGAAAUGCCUACGGCGUCGCCACUGGCAUGGCGCCCCUCGCGCACAUCGCCAUGUACAAAGUCUGCAGCGGCAUCGGUUGCGCCAGCAGUGAUAUAUUGGCCGGAAUGGACGCGGCGGUGUCCGACGGAGUCGACGUGCUCUCUCUUUCUCUCGGUGGUCCCUCGGUGCGAUUUGACGAGGACGCCAUCGCGGUGGGCGCCUUCGGGGCGAUCGACAAUGGGGUGUUCGUGAGCUGCGCGGCAGGCAAUUCGGGACCAGACCCGAGCUCACUCUCCAACGAGGCGCCGUGGAUCCUCACAGUCGCCGCCGGAACAAUGGACAGGGAGAUCAGGUCGACGGUGAAGCUCGGCAAUGGCCAAACAUUGAACGGAGAGUCCCUGUACCAGCCCAAGUCCUUCGCCCCCGAUCUCUACCCUCUGGUUGACGCCGGAGCAAGCGUUUUCCCACUCUCCCGCUACUGCGCCAGUAGCUUCUUCUUCGGCAUCGACGUCAAGGGAAAGAUCGUGCUGUGCGAAUCGGGAAUAGUCCCAAAUGUGCAAAAGGGGGUCUUCGUGAAGGACGCCGGCGGCAUCGGCAUGAUCGUCAUGAACCAAUUGUAUGAGGGCUACACUACAUUCCCUAACGCUCACGUGCUCCCGGCAUCCCAUGUCAGUUUCGCCGCCGGAGAUCAAAUCAGAGCCUACAUCAACUCCACCACCAACGCCACAGCGGCAUUCCUGUUCCAAGGCACCGUUCUCGGCACAUCCCCUGCUCCGGUCGUCUCAUUCUUCUCUUCAAGAGGCCCAAGCGCGGCUAGUCCCGGCAUUUUGAAACCGGACGUCAUCGGCCCCGGCGUCAACGUCUUGGCGGCCUGGCCAUCCAACUUAUCGCCGGCGCCGGCACAGGGCCCAGGAUUCAAUAUAAUAUCAGGGACUUCCAUGUCCACCCCUCAUCUCAGCGGCAUUGCCGCUCUCAUCAAAAGCGCCCACCCAGACUGGUCUCCUGCCGCCAUCAGAUCCGCCAUCAUGACGACCGCCAAUGUGUUGGACAAGGCCGGAAACCCGAUCCUGAACGAGCAACACCUCCCGGCCGAUCUUUUCUCAAUCGGCGCCGGCUAUGUCAACCCCAUCAAGGCCGGAAACCCUGGCCUAGUCUACGACAUUUCUCCCGACGACUACAUUUCCUACCUAUGCGGCUUGGGCUACACCGACGCCCAACUCAAUGUGAUAACGAGGAGAAACACUACCUGCCAAAGCGCCGGCAGCAUCCAAGAAAAGGACUUGAACUAUCCUUCCAUCUCAGUGGCGCUCAGCGCCAACGCAACCACGGUGACCCUGGAGCGAAGGCUCAAGAACGUGGGGGCGCCGUCGGCGACCUACAUGGCCGUGGUCGGCGCGCCGUCCGGAGUGAACGUGCGCGUGUACCCGUCGAUUCUGCGCUUCAACAGCCUGAACCAAGAGAUGAAGUUCAGUGUGACGUUGAAUAUGGCUGGUGGUGGAAGCGGCGGUGCGAGUGCAACGCAGGGCUACUUGAAGUGGAUUUCGAGUCAGCGGGAAGUGAGGAGUCCGAUCUCAGUGACCUACAAAAUGUAGGUGAUCAAGUACGUACUGUUCGUGGGCACAACAUUUUUCAUUUCGUUUCCAAUAAUUUGCAUCGAAAGAAUGCAAAGCGCUGUGUUCUUUGCAUACUUCCUGUUGGUCAUCUAAUUAAUCAUUUCUCCAAAUCCUUUCACUCAAAAUGCUCGUUCUAAUUCUAAUGGGAAUUAAUUAAAGUUGCUUGCUUGUUUGUUUCUUCGGA